CUCGCAUAGGUGAGUCGCCAUGGUUACACCCUCGCGCUAUUAUUUCCAAAAUGGCGCGGAGUUGACGAAGAAGAAGAUGUAGUCUUCAAAAGACUUUCGUUUUCUUGGUUUUUAUUACUGCGAUCGUCGAGAUACGGACUUUAUUAGACGUAGAAAAGCUUCAAUAAGACAUGGCUAGCGGUUCGAACGUGAAGCUACCUCAGCUUGAAGCAAGCUCAGGGGAUAGAUCCACUGGGGAACGUUUUCAAGCCCGCAACAGAACACAGUUGAACAAGAAAGAAAUACAAAAGCUCCCUCCUCACCAGAGAAGUCGAUAUCUUGCAUAUGAAUCCCCCGCUAAGGAGGUGGCAGAGUCCAUGUCUGCUGCUAGAAAGAGACUCAAGGAACUCAAAAAACAGAUGAAAAAAGAAACUAAGCCCCCAGCAUUAGAGACCAUCACUGAGCAAGACAAACACGUCAAACUGAUAGGACAGUUGAAGGCUGCUGAGGCCAGGAAUAGAAUCCGGCUGAUGAGGCUGAGAUAUGAGCAUAAUAGGGCUUCUGAAGUGAACCACCUGAUAUCAUGCCAGCCAACAGCUCUCAAGGCUGUCCGCCUUCAGAGUUUAGUCCCCCCUGAGACAGACCCUAUCAAGAUAAGGGACCUUCUAGGGAAAGGCGAGAGGUAUCGAGUCAACGCUCUCCUUGAAGAUGAAGUUGGACUUGAAACAGCACGAAUAAUAUCCUAAUAGAAUAAUAUCCUAACAGUUAUAGGAUAUUAUUACUGCAUGGUGGGUGAUCUGAUCCGUGCACAUAUGGUUGUCGUGCUAAUGCAAAAUAGUAUUACACCAUUUAUUUACCCCCAUGUAAAAGAUGAGAUGAGAUAAAUAUCUAACUUACUUUGUAAAGCUUGUUAGGAUUAUUUGUAAAUAUUAUUAAUAAAUGGAUAAGCAGCGAA